AUGGAUGAUAAACUAGAUUUCGAUCCGCGCGCAUUCGCAGCAGACAUGCAACUGCGUACUCGAAAAGCCCGCAACUUCGACAAGGUCGAGCAUGACCUGCCUGACCCCAAGUCCGCUGCCUUUCAGAAGGCGCAAUCUGCAGCUCUUUCAGGACCCAUAAACGUCUCAGGAUGGCUUUCUCGUGUCGCAGGAUGGAAUCCUUUCGGCAAGGCUGUCGACGCUGGCGAUAUCUUGUGGCUGAUGGACAACACCGCCUAUCGCAACCCAAAGACUGAUCAGUGGGAGGCCGAGUUCGUGGCUGCCGUCUUCGAGAACGAGCCCAAGUGUCGGGUUGCAGACAUAGUGUCUGGUAUCGCUUCGUCCUUGGGUUUGGCUGAUGAUGCUGCUGAGCGUGAUAUCAUUGAGGAGAGAAUCAUUCCUUUCUUAUGGGAUAUCCAGGCCGCGAGAGUGUUUUGGAUUCAGCACAAGAAGAAGGAGAUUAAGUUGGGCCCUACCAGUAUCAAUGGUAUUACAACGAGUGUCGAGCCUGUGGAUCGGAACCAUAAGGGGUCGACUAUCGAGGCGACAGCUCUGGUGCCACAUGGAACAAAUGGCAUCCACGACAUGCAGACAUACUAUGCCGGACCGGAGGGCUGGGCUGUGAUAUCAGAUGUCGAUGACACUAUCAAAGUCACCUUGACUAGCGAUCCCCUCGGCAUCCUCAAGUCUACUUUUGUCGAUGAGCCGACUCCGGUUCCUGGAAUGCCCGAACUUCUUUCAGAUCUGCAAACUCUACUACCUCGUGACACCCCAUGGUUCUAUCUAUCAGCGUCACCAUACAACCUGUACCCUCUGUUGCGUGAGUUUCGCGACCGCUAUUACCCACAAGGCCAACUUAUCUUGCGCGACUCGAGCUGGCGCACAGUGGCAGGUUUGCUUUCAGCCCUCACAAUGGGAACUGAAGAGUACAAGGCCGAUCGUAUGAAGAAGAUCCAAUCUUGGUUACCUAAGAGAAAGCUUAUUCUCAUUGGCGACUCUACACAGUCCGACCCUGAGGCUUACGGUGAAAUUUACCGUACAUUCCCAGGCUGGGUCAAAAUGAUCCUCAUCCGCAAGGCUACUGAUGUUGCUGCUUUUGGAAUUGAUGAGAAGAACCAGCUUGAGCGAUUCGAAAAGGCAUUCAAGCACGUACCAGUCGAAGCCUGGCACGUCUUUGAGGAUCCAAGCGAGUGCCGAAAUAUUGUGCGGGAUGUCAUUCGCAAGAGGAGUUAA